UUACAGUUGCUAUUUUGUAGAACUCCUUUACAGCAUAUAGUUCAUAAAGACUUCCAGACAGCUCGCACUGGAACAUAAUGGCCGGCCUUGGUAAUAGUAAGAAAUUUGAUGCAGUAGAGGAAGUGGAGCUGUUAGUUAUGGACAAACCGAUGGUAGUAAUUGAAGAAGAGCAUCUGGGUGACCGUUUUCCUGUAAUGCUCCCGAGAUGCACGGAGAGAAAGCCAUCAAUUAAACGUAGGGUAGUAACUAGAGACGAGCCUCUGCCUGACCCUCUGCCUGACCCUCUGAACAAAAAGUAACUCCAAAAACCCUGACAAGGUGUAAAAGUAAUGCCUUACUCAAAGCUUUCCAGGUCAGCAAACAACUCCGAGAUUUAGCACAUGGUGCAAACCCGGAGAAAGACGAUCUAGAGAUGCUGGAAAAAUCUAUAGACGGGUUUACAUCAGCCUUAAUAGACCCUCUUAAAGCCGACGCCGAUACCAGAAAUACAUUUCAAAGUUGUUUUGAUGAUGUGGUGGACGAGGCGAUCGACAAGAAGCAAAAGAAGUUCAUCUGUCAUCCAGUGGUGUAUAACUUGCUUAAAUCCAGAUGGUACCGCUCCUUUUUCAAAGUAAGAAAAGAAUCAUGGCGGACACCUAAGCGUUGGGGAUACCUUUUUCUCAACCUCUGGACAGUGUUUGACAUCGCCUUCUUCCCCCUCCUCUUUGCCAUUUUCUUCGUUCUACACAAGAUAAAACGGGCGUUAAGGAGAAAAAGAGAUCUUACGACCAUCCGAACUGCAUUCGCAAACCAAACUGCUGGGGAGGAGGCCAAAAAGGUGGUCGUGCUCUUUCUUAAUGACUCGUUACAUAUGGUGGGGGGAACCAGCACCGAGUUUCUAUUGACCUUAGUAAAGGAGAUAAAGGGUUAUAAAGUUGACAUCUUUCCCGUUGGUAUCGGGGAGUACGCCAAGUUAUCAGAAUUAGGUGGAAUGGCAACUAAAGAUGGCACAGCGUGUCACUUUGGAGAAUACGUUUCACCCGAGACGUUGGGGACAGCUGUCGUACAAGGUAUCGAGGGAAAGAACAUCUAUGAGAAAUACAAGGAUUACUUUACGACUCCUUAUUUCGUCUUUGUUCGCGAUACGCUGAGCUACCUUACCCUCCUUGGUCUUCACUUCACCAUUUGCCUGUCCCCUUCAACUGUUGUCUUCCGUCAAAUAGAAUGGUUUAUUUUAGUAUUUUUCCUGGGACGCGUUUUAAUGGAGGUGGAUCAGUUUUUAAGCGCUAAAAAUGCUAGAAUAAAAGCACCAAGAGAAAAUGGGGAUGGAUUCAGCCACCAGGUACCUGAGGAUCAACAAGAAACAAAUGAGGCUGGAGAAGACAAGGUUUUGCUGAAGAAGCCUACUGACAAAAAGGAUGGAAUAAAAGCACCAACGCUAUCGAAGGGAAAUUGGGAUGUCAUGACGAUAUUGUGGCAGUUUCUGGCUACGAUUCUGGCAUUUUCUUUAGCCAUGACCAAGGUUUAUGUUGCUGAGAAAGCCUAUACUUCAGGGAAAGACUCCGCGAAGGAUUUGGCAUGCAGUGAAUCAGGGAUAAUUUGUUGGUGGACCAUGGCGACACACCUUGGUUGGUCUUUAUUGUGCUUAGCUGACCUAGAUGCAUUUAACUCCGUCGACAAUCCAUCUGUUUCUCUUAUUCAUGUGCUGUACAGCUUCUUCUUAGUCAUGGCAGUUAUUCUUCUCAUAAACAUGAUGAUUGCUUUGCUUUCUAACACCUAUCAGCAGGUUAAGGAUAAUUCACUCCAGGAGUGGUCUUUCAAGAGAGCCAUUACUGUUAGGACUUACAGUACCUUUCAUCCGAUACCAGUCCCUCUCAACCUUUUGUCGGUUCCACUGAUUGCACUCUGGAACCUCUGUCGAAAGUGUUCGUGCAAAACAUCGUCAGACAGUCCUGAUUCGCCUGAGGGCGGACGGAAAGAAGCUCUGGAUAAAGUGGUGAACAAACUACAAAGGGUGUACUUCGAGAAAUACGGUUAUGAAUUUCCCCUCGCAGAGGGGAAAAAGAUAGAUCACUUGGUACAAGAAAAUGAAGGAAGUCGAAAAUUGACCGAUCAGAUAGUUCGGCAAGUAUUCCGACCGCGUGGAAACAAGGAGGAGAAACUUGCGUCUGGCCAAAGCGCGUGGUAUGCUUCGCCGGGGAUUUCUAUCGUUGGCUGCCUCCUGACUUACAUGGGAUCUGAUUGCGACACAUGUAAAACGGAAAAGCCUAACAACAUUCACAGUGCCAAAUUCAAGUCUCCCUUCACACGAGAGACACCACGAUUUGAGGUUCUUAUUCAGGAGACUGGGGAGAAGCGUAUUGUGGCACUUGGUGUUGUGGAUGAGUUUUACGACUGUCACAAAAUGCCUGGCUGGUAUUCUGGAACAGUCGGUUACCACGUGGACGAUGGGAAAAUUUUUGACACUGGCAACCCUAAGUAUGGAAGAGAAGUCGAAGGAGCCAUGGCUUACCGUGGUGAUCUCAUCGCCUGUGAAGUUGACUUUGAAAACGUCUCCAAGGGCGAAAUCCCUGUGCUCUUCUCCUUGAACGGCAAAGAAGUGGCGCGUUCUUCGAUGAAAUAUACUUUGGGACAAGAACUAUUUCCCUUCGUCUCAUUAGGAUAUGAAGGCAUUACAGUGCUCACAAAGAUGUGCUAUCGUGACAGAGACCGUUUCAGUGGAGUAACAAAUGAAGACAUUCAGGAGAAAAUUGAAGUUCUGAGAGGUGAUGUUCAGCAUCAACUUGCCGAGCAAGCGAGGAAUGUUCAACAUCAACUUGUCGAGCAAGCGAGGAAUCAACCGGGCCCUGGUCAGGAAUUCUCCCUUUCAGCUGCUAUACGCAUGCGCUAUACGCGUCCUUGCAAAUUAUUUGGGAGAAUGUAGAGUUAAAUCAAGAUAUCACUUUGUUAAUGACCGAGUCAGUGUGUUAUUGUGUUUGCUUUAGAACGCGUGAAUAUUGUAGAGCGGAAAAGUGCUUCUGCUAAUCUAUUUACAUUGAAUUGUUUCCUUUCGUUUAAGUGCCAAUAUGUUAAGAUGAAGGAGAACGCAUUCAGAACAGUCUGUGCGAAUUACAAAUACUCUGCUCACCAACCACAUAAUCUUAAGUUUGUUUCAGAAUUCAUAUUACUUGUACUCUUUCAAUCGUUGCAUGAAGUGUAAAAAUAAAUAUUUUUGAUAAACGAUA